AGCUGCACACUUUUCAUCCAGAGUCUCCAGCUCUCUCCUUCUCUACUGGGACCCCCCAGGGACUUCUCUCUUCUGCUGCUGCUACUUCUUCUAUCUCAAUAGUUUCUUUUAUUAUUGUUGUUGUUUCCUGACUUUUCUCCAACACAAACUCUGCUCUGAAGUUCUGCACAUCCCAAGCAAAAGAGCCAGCAAAGGGAAACAGGAAAGUAAAGGUGCUCCGGAUCAGCUGUGGCCAGAGAGUGAACCAGGGCUUGCCAAGAAACUUCUCACACUUUCCAGGCACUGGACAAAUAAUAAGGGAACUAAUCUGAUUGUUGAGGUUGGUUUGAGCAGCUUGAAGUUGAUUUCACAGUGUGGGCUCAGGAUCCAGAAGUCCCAGCACACUUUCUGUCUCUCUCCACCCUUUUUUCCUCUUGCUGAUCCCCAUAUAUAAAGCUCCCAGCCCGAGCCAUCAUGAGCACAAACGAUUAUUACGAGCAGCCGGAUCUGUACCAAGGCACGGACUCUGAGGAGAUGCCAGCCACCGAGAAGGACCUGGCAGAGGACGCCCCCUGGAAGAAGAUCCAACAGAACACCUUCACCAGGUGGUGCAAUGAGCACCUCAAGUGCAUGAACAAGCGCAUAGGGGACCUGCAGAAGGACCUGACUGAUGGACUCAAACUCAUCGCUCUGCUGGAGGUGCUCAGCCAAAAGAAGAUGUAUAGAAAGUAUCACUCCAGACCCAACUUCAGGCAGAUGAAGCUGGAAAAUGUGUCCGUGGCCCUGGAGUUCCUGGACAGGGAGCACAUCAAGCUGGUGUCUAUAGACUCAAAAGCCAUUGUAGAUGGGAACCUAAAGCUGAUCCUGGGUUUGAUCUGGACACUGAUCCUCCAUUACUCUAUCUCAAUGCCAAUGUGGGAAGAUGAGGAUGAAGAAGAUAUCAAAAAACAGACACCAAAACAAAGGCUUCUGGGAUGGAUCCAGAACAAGAUACCUCAGCUCCCAAUCACUAACUUCCACCGAGACUGGCAGGAUGGUAAAGCUCUGGGAGCCUUGGUGGACAACUGUGCACCAGGACUUUGCCCAGACUGGGAAGCCUGGGACCCCAAUCAGCCAGUGGAGAAUGCCAGAGAGGCCAUGCAGCAGGCAGAUGAUUGGCUGGGAGUGCCACAGGUUAUUGCCCCAGAAGAAAUUGUGGAUCCCAAUGUGGAUGAGCACUCAGUCAUGACAUAUCUGUCCCAGUUCCCCAAAGCCAAGCUGAAGCCUGGAGCUCCACUUCGUUCCAAACAACUGCACCCUAAGAAAGCCAUCGCCUAUGGUCCAGGGAUUGAGCCUCAGGGUAAUAUAGUCUUGAAGCCUGCCUACUUCACAGUAGAAACCAUUGAAGCCGGUCUUGGGGAGGUGUUGGUGUUUAUUGAGGAUCCUGAGGGACAUACAGAGGAGGCAAAGGUCAUUCCAAACAAUGAUAAGAACAGGACCUACUCUGUCAGCUAUUUGCCAAAGGUUGCAGGUCUCCACAAGGUCACAGUAUUGUUUGCUGGUCAGAACAUCAAUAACAGUCCAUUUAAUGUCAAUGUUGCAAUGGCACUUGGAGAUGCCAACAAAGUGACAGCACGAGGACCUGGGCUGGAGCCUGUUGGAAAUGUUGCCAAUAAGCCAACAUACUUUGAUAUCUAUACUGCAGGUGCUGGUUCUGGAGAUGUUGGGGUUGUCAUCGUUGAUCCUCAAAACCGUCAGGACACUGUGGAGGUGGUUCUAGAAGACAAAGGAGACAAUAUAUAUCGUUGCACCUACAGACCCAACAUGGAAGGUCCCCACAAGAUCUACAUCACAUUUGCCGGAGCACAAAUACCUAAAUGUCCUUAUGUUGUCAACAUCUCAGAAGCUAUUGUUGUUCUUCCCCAGGCGCCCAGCACCCCUCCCCUGCAGAUCAUUCCCCUGGCCGUUCUCACCCCACCUCCUGAUAAAGCCAAGAAAGUGGCUCCCCCACCUCCACCAAAACCCAAACCGCGCAAAUCAACCUGUAAUCCCAAUGCUUGCAGAGCUUCUGGACGGGGUCUGCAGCCCAAGGGGGUGCGCGUGAAGGAAGUGGCAGAUUUCAAGGUGUUUACCAAGGGUGCAGGAAGUGGGGAACUGAAAGUCACCGUCAAAGGACCAAAAGGCACAGAGGAACCUGUAAAGAUCCGUGAUGUUGGGGAUGGUGUGUAUGAAUGUGAUUAUUACCCCAUACACCCAGGAAAAUACAUUGUAAAUAUUACGUGGGGUGGAAAUGCCAUACCCAGAAGUCCCUUCGAGGUUUAUAUCAGCCCUGAGGUUGGCGUUCAGAAAGUGCGGGCAUGGGGUCCUGGCUUGGAGACAGGCAUGGUGGGAAAGUCAGCAGAUUUUGUGGUUGAGGCAAUCGGCACAGAGGUGGGAACUCUCGGCUUCUCAAUCGAGGGACCCUCCCAGGCAAAGAUAGAGUGUGACGACAAGGGAGAUGGGUCAUGUGAUGUGCGCUACUGGCCCACAGAACCAGGAGAGUAUGCAGUACAUGUCAUCUGCGAUGAUGAGGACAUCAAGGACAGUCCUUUUAUUGCUCACAUUUUACCAGCCAGUAUCAAGGGAUUCCCAGAGAAGGUCAAAGCAUAUGGUCCCGGACUGGAACCCACUGGGUGCAUAGUUGAGCAUCCUGCUGAGUUCACCAUUGAUGCCCGGGCUGCUGGAAAAGCAGAGUUGAAAAUCUAUGCUCAGGAUGCUGAGGGAUCACCUAUUGACAUCAAGAUUAAAGACAACGGAGACAAUACAUAUGUCUGUGUAUAUGUCCCAACAAAGCCCAUCAAACAUACCAUCAUUAUCUCCUGGGGAGGUGUCAAUAUCCCCAACAGCCCUUACAGGGUUUCUGUUGGUGAAGGGAGUCAUCCCAAUAAAGUAAAGGUUUAUGGACCUGGCGUAGAGAAGACAGGACUGAAAGCAAAUGAGCCAACCUACUUCACUGUGGACUGCAGUGAGGCAGGACAAGGUGAUGUCAGCAUUGGGAUUAAGUGUGCACCUGGUGUUGUGGGACCUGCAGAGGCAGAUAUUGACUUUGACAUAAUUAAAAAUGAUAAUGAUACAUUUACUGUGAAAUACACCCCACCUGGUGCUGGAAGAUAUACCAUCAUGGUGCUGUUUGCUGACCAGGAAAUUCCCAUCAGUCCAUUUCGUGUUAAAGUUGAUCCAUCACAUGACGCCAACAAGGUCCGAGCUGAGGGUCCAGGGCUCAGCCGCACAGGAGUGGAAGUUGGCAAACCAACACACUUCACCGUAUACACUAAGGGUGCCGGGAAAGCAAAGGUGGAUGUCCAAUUCACUGGUACCUCAAAAGGAGAAGUUGUGCAAGACUUUGAAAUUAUUGAUAACCAUGACUAUUCAUAUACUAUCAAGUAUACAGCUGUACAGCAGGGUAACAUAACUGUGUCAGUAACGUAUGGAGGUGACCCUGUUCCUAAGAGUCCAUUUAUUGUGAAUGUAGCACCUCCUCUAGAUCUGAGCAAGGUCAAAGUUGAAGGACUUAACAAUAAGGUGGAUGUUGGGAAGGAUCAAGAGUUCACCAUUAACACCAGUGGGGCAGGUGGUCAAGGAAAAGUGGAUGUAAAGAUUACAUCACCAUCCCGUAGGCCAAUUCCGUGUAAGGUGGAGACUGGGGUCACAAGUGAUAUUCACACUGUCAAAUAUAUGCCCCCCGAGGAAGGACCAUACAAGGUGGAUAUCAGUUAUGAUGGACACCCUGUUCCUGGAAGCCCAUUCUCUGUGGAGGCUGUGAUGCCACCAGACCCUUCCAAGGUUCGUGCCUAUGGACCCGGCCUAAAAGGUGGUUUUGUGGGUAAACCUGCACCAUUUGCCAUUGACACCAAAGGAGCUGGUACAGGGGGACUGGGACUGACUGUGGAGGGACCCUGUGAGGCAAAGAUUGAAUGCCAGGACAAUGGAGAUGGCUCCUGUUCUGUUUCCUAUCUUCCUACAGAGCCGGGAGAGUAUUCCAUAAAUAUCCUAUUUGCAGAAUCCCAUAUUCCAGGCUCUCCCUUCAAAGCUGACAUCCGCCCUGUCUUCGACCCCAGCAAGGUGACUGCAAGUGGACCUGGUCUGGAGAAGGGAAAGGCCGGGGAGGUGGCUACUUUCACUGUAGACUGCUCCAAAGCUGGAGAUGCUGAGCUCACCAUCGAGAUUCUAUCUGAUUCAGGUUCAAAAGCAGAGGUUCUAAUACAGAAUAAUAGCGACGGGACCUAUAGCAUCACUUACAUCCCAUCAUGCCCUGGGGCUUACACCAUUACAAUUAAAUAUGGAGGACAUGCUGUACCAAAAUUCCCUGUACGCGUCAACGUGGAACCUGCGGUAGACACCAGUGGGGUGAAGGUGUUCGGUCCAGGGGUAGAGCCUAGAGGCGUUCUCCGUGAGGUCAUUACAGACUUCACAGUUGAUGCUCGAUCUUUGGCCAAGAAAGGUGGAAGUCAUGUGACCACACGCAUACUUGGCCCAUCAGGUGCUAUUACUGAAAGCUUUAUCACUGACAAAGGAGAUGGCACCUACCAUGUGCAAUACACAGCUUACGAAGAUGGUGUGCACCUGGUGGAGGUUCUGUAUGAUGAUGUUCCAGUACCUAAAAGCCCAUUCCGUGUCACUGUCACUGAGGGCUGUGAUCCAACCCGGGUAAGAGCUUAUGGUCCUGGUUUAGAAGGAGGCAUACUGAACAAGCCCAACUGUUUUACAGUGGAGACCAGAGGUGCUGGUACCGGUGGUCUUGGCUUGGCAAUAGAAGGUCCUUCAGAAGCAAAGAUGUCAUGCAAAGACAAUAAAGAUGGAAGCUGUAGUGUGGAGUACAUUCCAUUCACUCCUGGAGAUUAUGAUGUGAAUAUCACCUUUGGUGGACGUCCUAUACCAGGAAGUCCAUUCCGUGUGCCUGUGAAGGAGGUUGUAGACCCCAGCAAAGUGAAGUGUUCAGGGCCUGGGCUGGGGGCUGGUGUGAGAGCACAUGUGCCACAAACCUUUACAGUGGACUGCAGCAAAGCUGGGCUGGCACCUCUUGAGGUUCUGGUGCAAGGACCCUCAGGUUUGGCAGAACCUGUUGAUGUGCGUGAUAAUGGUGAUGGGACACAUACAGUGAACUACACUCCUGCUACAGAUGGACCAUACACCGUGUCUGUGAGAUAUGCUGACCAAGAGGUGCCACGAAGCCCAUUCAAGAUCAAGGUUCUGCCAACUCAUGAUGCAAGCAAAGUACGAGCCAGUGGUCCAGGCCUGAACACAGCAGGUAUCCCAGCCAGCUUGCCAGUAGAAUUCACCAUUGAUGCCCGUGAUGCAGGGGAGGGACUAUUAACUGUUCAGAUCCUGGACCCAGAGGGUAAACCAAAGAAAGCCAACAUCAGAGGAAACGGUGAUGGCACAUACACAGUAUCUUAUGUACCAGACAUGGCUGGGAGAUACACCAUCACCAUCAAGUACGGAGGGGACGAGAUCCCUUACUCUCCAUUCCGUAUCCAUGCGGUACCCACAGGAGAUGCCAGCAAGUGCUUAGUAACAGUGUCCAUUGGAGGACAUGGCUUAGGAGCUUGUCUGGGGCCCUCCAUUCAGAUCGGAGAGGAGACAGUCAUCACUGUGGAUGCUAAAGCUGCUGGGAAGGGGAAGGUGACAUGUAAGGUGUCUACACCAGAUGGAGCCGAACUUGAUGUGGAUGUAGUGGAAAACCAAGAUGGCACCUUCGACAUUUACUACACAGCGCCUGAACCAGGAAAAUACGUCAUCACCAUCCGCUUUGGAGGGGAGCUUAUUCCCAAUAGUCCGUUCCAUGUGGUGGCAACUGAGGAGCCUGUUGUACCUGCGGAUAACCUGGAUAGCUUGCUUAGGCCGUUCAACCUGGUCAUCCCAUUCACUGUACAGAAAGGAGAAAUUACAGGAGAGGUCCAUAUGCCUUCUGGUAAGACUGCUCGUCCUAACAUUACUGAUAAUAAAGAUGGAACCGUCACAGUGAAAUUUGCCCCAACUGAAAAAGGACUGCAUGAAAUGGACAUAAAGUAUGAUGGAAAUCACAUACCAGGAAGCCCACUGCAGUUUUAUGUAGAUGCCAUCAACAGCCGUCAUGUAAACGCAUACGGUCCAGGCCUGAUCCACGGAAUGGUGAACAAACCUGCCACUUUCACUAUAGUUACAAAAGAUGCAGGAGAAGGUGGCCUGUCCCUUGCUGUAGAAGGUCCUUCUAAGGCUGAGAUCACCUGCAAGGAUAAUAAAGAUGGAACCUGCACGGUAUCCUACCUACCAACAGCGCCUGGAGACUAUAACAUCAUUGUGCGCUUUGACGACAAGCACAUACCAGGCAGCCCAUUCACAGCCAAGAUUACAGGAGAUGACUCCAUGAGGACUUCACAACUCAACGUGGGGACAGCCACAGAUGUUUCUCUCAAGAUCACAGAGUCAGAUCUCAGCGUGUUAACCGCAAGCAUCAGAGCUCCUUCUGGAAAUGAGGAACCCUGUCUGCUCAAGAGGCUUCCCAACAGACAUAUCGGAAUUUCUUUUACACCAAAAGAAGUAGGUGAACACGUGGUAAGCGUUAAGAAGAACGGAAAGCAUGUGACCAACAGCCCAUUUAAGAUCAUGGUGGGACAGUCUGAGAUUGGUGAUGCCAGCAAGGUGAAGGUGUCCGGCAAGGGACUACUGGAGGGAAUAACAUUUGAGGUGUCAGAGUUUAUUGUAGACACCAGGAAUGCGGGUUAUGGAGGUUUGGGAUUGUCUAUUGAAGGGCCAAGUAAAGUAGAUAUAAAUUGUGAUGAUGUGGAAGAUGGAACGUGCAAAGUGUCAUAUUGCCCAACUGAGCCCGGAACGUAUAUUAUAAACAUCAAGUUUGCUGAUAAACAUGUGCCAGGAAGCCCAUUCAUGGUUAAAGUCACAGGUGAAGGGCGUAUGAAGGAAAGUAUAACACGGAGACGCCAGGCUCCCUCUAUAGCUAGCAUCGGUAGCACAUGCGACCUGAACCUUAAAAUCCCAGGUAAUUGGUUCCAGAUGGUAUCUGCCCAAGAACGCCUAACGCGAACUUUCACUCGUAGUAGCCAUACAUACACUCGCACAGAACGCACAGAGAUCAGUAAAACUCGUGGUGGGGAAACCAAACGUGAGGUGCGAGUAGAAGAAUCCACUCAGGUUGGGGGCGAUCCUUUCCACAAUGUGUUUGGAGACUUCUUGGGACGUGAAAGUCUGGGGUCAUUCAGCACCAUAGCAAGACCAGAGGGUGAGGCAGGUUCCCAGGAUAUGACAGCACAGGUGACCAGCCCAUCUGGAAAGACAGCUGAUGCAGAGAUUAUCGAUGGUGAGGAUAGCACCUACAGUGUGCGAUUUGUACCACAAGAGAUGGGAGCUCACACUGUAAGCGUCAAGUAUCGUGGUCAGCAUGUCCCUGGAAGUCCUUUCCAGUUUACAGUUGGACCCAUGGGAGAAGGUGGAGCCCAUAAGGUCAGGGCUGGAGGCACUGGUCUGGAAAGGGGAGUUGCAGGAGUUCCAGCUGAGUUUAGUAUUUGGACAAGGGAGGCUGGAGCUGGGGGUCUUUCCAUUGCAGUGGAGGGUCCCAGUAAAGCAGAAAUCUCAUUUGAAGAUCGGAAAGAUGGAUCCUGUGGAGUGUCAUAUGUUGUACAAGAAGCAGGUGACUAUGAAGUGUCUAUAAAAUUUAAUGAUGAACACAUCCCUGAUAGCCCCUUCGUUUUACCAGUAGCCUCUCGUUCUGAUGAUGCUCGGCGACUUAAUGUGACCAGUUUACAGGAGACAGGAUUAACGGUCAACCAAGCAGCCUCAUUUGCAGUCCAGCUAAAUGGUGCCCGUGGAGUAAUUGAAGCCAAGGUGCACACACCGUCUGGAGCAGUGGAAGAGUGCUAUGUAUCUGAAGUAGACAGUGAUAAAUAUUCAAUACGUUUCAUACCAAAAGAGAAUGGAGUGCACUCUAUUGAUGUGAAGUUCAAUGGACGUCAUAUCCCAGGAAGUCCCUUCAAGAUCCGUGUAGGAGAGCAAAGCCAGGCUGGGGAUCCUGGUCUUGUAACAGCCUUUGGCCCUGGCCUGGAAGGUGGUGUGACAGGCAGACCAUCAGAUUUCAUUGUGAACACUCUGAAUGCUGGAUCUGGCUCUCUCUCUAUGACCAUUGAUGGUCCUUCCAAGGUGAAACUGGACUGUCAAGACUGCCCAGAAGGUUACAAAGUCACCUAUACUCCCAUGGCACCUGGAAAUUACUUGAUCUCAAUAAAAUAUGGUGGACCUCAGCACAUUGUGGGAAGCCCCUUUAAGGCCAGAGUCACAGGUGUGCGUCUCUCAGGUGGUCACAGCCUUCAUGAAACCUCCACUGUGCUUGUGGAAACAGUCACCAAAUCUUCAGCCUCUGUUGGGGGUUAUGGGGUAGCAGUACCCAAAUUUUCAUCUGAUGCUUCACAAGUGGUAUCACAUGGUCCUGGACUUUCCAAGGCAUUUGUGGGACAGAAGAACACAUUCACCGUAGACUGCAGCAAAGCAGGCACCAACAUGCUAAUGGUAGGAGUCCAUGGUCCUAAAACCCCAUGUGAAGAGGUUUAUGUUAAACACGUUGGCAACCGACUGUACAACGUAACCUACACCGUCAAGGAGAAAGGGGACUACAUCUUGAUUGUCAAAUGGGGUGACCAGAAUGUCCCUGGAAGUCCUUUCCAAGUUGCUGUUCCUUGAGCCACUUCCCUACUGUGUAUCACCCAGGAAGCAUCUCACGUGGCCUACAUAUCCUCCAAUAAAGGACUGGACUGUGCCAUUUAUUUUGCAAAUGCACUGAUGGAAAAAAACAAACUGUAAUAAUUAUUAAGAGUAAAUUCCCCAAGUGCUUUUUUGCACGUGAAACCUACGGACGCUCCUAUAGCAUUAGAAUGUGCUAGCGCUGUCACAGUGCGAGGCUACAAGCCGGCACACUACCAACAAUGCCUGUGUUCUUUCUGCUUUUUACAAAACAGUAUUUUAUAUUCCGGUUGGUGUUUCUUUUUUGUAAAGUUGCUACCUGUUGUUUUAUAUGCGCUUUAUGUGUUCAGUUUUUUAUUAUUUUGUGGGGGGGGGGGAUUACCAAAGUGGUAUUUUGGAAGCAAAAGAUCAAAGGACAGGGGUCAAGAGGUCAUUGGUAUUUAUAAUAAUUAUGAGUAAAAGUAUUUGCAUAAGAAAAUGAACAAACUGGAGUUUAAUCACUUUCUGACUGAAUCGGUCAUAUUGCGUUACAAAUGAUCUGUUUGCUCCUAUUGUACUUUACUGGCUGUUGGCCAUUGCUGAUGUGUGUGACUGGGGACAGGAACUGAAAAGCCAGGAAAUCAAAUUCAAUCUUCCAAAUGUCAGGAAGACUAAGCCAAGCAAAGAGUAACAGAUAGGGGUUAAUUUGGGUUGGGAACCCUGAAGAACGUUUUUUUAACUUUUCACAAACCACUUGGAUCCAACAGCAGCUUCUAUUUAACUUAAUGUUAACUGUUCAGAAGGGAAUUAGAGGUGAGCUUUUUUCACCAUCUGUCACACAAUUUUUUAUGUUUUAUUUCUAAUUUUUAAAUUUCAAAAUUUCGACAUGAAUAUUUUUUAGAAAUUUUGGUUACAGAUUUAAGUAAAGUCUGACACAUUACCUGAUCUUUUCAUCCCUGACUGAAUUACAUGCAACCCUUCACUUACUGACCUCUUGACCUCUGACCUGGCCAGUCUUCGAGCAAUAUGAUUGGUUGUCAUAGCACUGUGAGCAGAGGUCACGCUGGGCCUUGCCAUGUGACUGCAUUUUAUAGAGCUUUUUAUUUGUUCUGUGCACCACACACGGAUUUAAAAAGCCAGUGGAUGUUUGUUAUAGACUUUCAAAUUGAUGCCUAUAGAAGGUAAAAUAAAAAUUUAUUGCUAAUGUGCAGAAAUAAA